UAGUGGUCGUUUUUUAUGGUCGUUAAAAAUUCACAAAGACGUGACAGUUCAAGCAGAUCAUGUUCUCGAAGCUCAUCUCCUAGUUCUGGGAGUUCUAUCUCUUCAUCUUCUGGUUCAAGUCGCAGUAGUUCUCCAGGAGCUAAGGCGGCAAUUGCUGCUGUUAAAAACUCUCCCAGACAACCCACUAAAACCGAGAGAAAAGCCCGCCAAUCUCCAAUCAAGAGGGAAAGGACCCCUCCAAUGAGACCCUUGAAGGUCUACGUCUCAGGACUGACCCAAAAUGUGAACAAACUACAUAUUGGGGAGAUAUUUGGAACAUGUGGAGCCAUAUUGAGCACAGUAAUGCCAGUGGAUCCAAUUCACCCUGAAUUUUCCCGCGGAUAUGCAUAUGUGACAUUCGAGACCCCUGAGAGUGCAGAGGCAGCUGUAAAGAUGCUGAACAGAGGACAAAUUGAUGGGCAGAACAUAAGUGUGUCCCUCAUGCAGAAUACGAGGACUGCUAGGAGGUCUCCUGUCCAUUAUAGAAGGCCAAUGUCCCCUGUGAGGAGGUAUCGGUCUCCUGCAAGAAGGCGUUAUUCUCCCCAUAGGAGAAAUAGGGCUCGUGUUGGUGGAAGUCGUUCUUCUUCUCGAUGAUUUGGUAUUAAUUAAUUUUUGUUCCUUGUUUCUAUUUUUUGA